UUCUCGCGAGAGAAAACGAGAGUCGCGAAAUGGCGCCGACUGUGUCGAAGUGAAGCCAAAUUUCGGCGUUUGGAUAAAAACUUCGCAAAGUUCUGCCCCAGAAAAGCCGCCCAAAGUCAUCAGCAGCGCCCAGCCCGGAGGCUAGAGGACCCCGAUCCCGGAUCUUUUAGUUAGCUCUCGUCAGAAAGUUCCAAAAUGGCGUCCAAGUUCAAGAAAGUUUCUGAGAAAGACUACAAGCCAGGUGAUCUGAUCUUCGCUAAAGUGAAGGGAUAUCCCCACUGGCCGGCUAGGAUUGACGAGUUACCAGAAGGAGCUGUGAAGCCGCCAGGAAACAAGUAUCCCAUCUUCUUCUUCGGCACCUACGAAACUGCCGUCCUUGGGCCGAAGGACAUCCUGCCGUUCCAUGAGUUUAAGGAACGAUACGGGAAACAGCAGAAACGGAAGUUCUUUAACGAGGCUCUCUGGGAGGCGGAGAACAACCCGACGGUCAAGUUCGCAGGAAAUGAGGAGCCUUCAGGGUCAGAGGAGGAGGGGGAAGAGGAGGAUGCUGGGAGUAAAGAUGAGGAGGAGGAUGAGGAUGAGGAGAAGCUUGUGAUAGACGAGGAUCCGGCCGCUCGGCCGAAAAAGGCCGACAAGAAGAAGCCGGCAGCAGCCAGGAAGAGGAAAGGAGCAGCUGAUUCUGAGAAGAAGGCCCCAGCGAAGCGGAGGAAGAAGAGUGACCCUGAUUCUGACCAAUCAGAGGCUGCGGAGGAGAGUGAGGAGGAGGAGGUGGAUUAUGACGAGGAGAGCGGUCCUGACGAGGACACCUCCGAGGACGAGGACUUUGUCCCUGAGAAGAAACCUGCCAAGAAACGCGGACGGAAAAAAGCGGCGAGCAGCUCGGGGUCGGAGGUCAGCGACGAGCAGGAGGAGGGGUCAGAGGUCAGCAAGGACAGCUCUGAGGAGGAACCAGAGGAAAAACCAAAACCCAAGAAAAAAAAGACACCUGAGAAGAAAGCCCGUAAACCCGCCGGCAGCCGCCCGCCCGCCAAGCCUCGCGCUCGAGCGAAGAAACCGGACCCGGGAACGCCCCCCUCCCUCUCCUCCGACUCAAGCAACAACAGUGACUCGGAAGGGGAGGUAGUCAGCAGUUGGAAGAAGCAGGAAGCUCUGCGCAGGAAGGAGGCUGAGGAGAAGCUGCGAGUCGCCCAGGAGGAGGAGGAGAAGAAACAGCGGGAACGAGAGAAGGAGGCAGCGAGGCAGCUGAAGGAGGAGAGGAAGGAGAGAAAAAAACAGGAACAGGAGGAACGAAAGAAGCAGAAGGAGGAAACAAAAGACGACAAACGGAAGGAAGUGAACAAGAGAGAAGAAAAGUCGAAAGAGAAGACAUCAAAAGAUGACAAGAAAGCAGAAAUCCGGGAAAGGAAGAAGGAGGAGAAGAAGAAGAGGGACGAGGAAAAGGACCAGAGAAUAAAGAAGGAACAAGAAAAACGCAGAAAGAAGGAAGAAGAGAGAAGGAAAAAGAGAGAGGAAGAGAAAAGACAGGAGGAGGCAGAAGAAUCAGAGGAAGAACAAGACGGUGAAAGCAAGGCUGCAGCUGUAGAUGACAGAAAGGAGGAACUGAAGAGACAAAAAAUGGAGAAAAAGAGACAAGAUAAAUUCCUGGAAAAAGAGAAGAAGAAACGUUUGAAACUGGAGCAGAAAAUGGAGCAAAAGAAGCAGGAAAAGCAGGAGAAGAAAAAAGCCAUGAGCCUAGAUGCCACAGUGACUGAGCUGGUCCAGUCGUUGAAGAGGUCUCUCAUGGCUGGUAAAGCUGACAUUCCGCGCAGCCUGGAGGUUCUGGAUGAGCUGAACUCGCUGCCGCUGACGGCCGCCAUGCUCAAGAGGAACAUCGACAUCCUCAGAACCAUCAAAAGGGUUAGGAAGUACAAAGGUUCGGAGGCCGUGCAGCAGAAAGCAGAGUUCCUGUACAGUAAAUACAAGUCCAUGCUGCUGCUGCACGAUAGCGAGGCUCACGCCCACUCCGCCCACAGAACCAACCAAUCAGCAGCCGCGGAACAGCCCAAGGACGUUGCCAUGGCAACAGGACAGGAGGAGGAGAAAGAGAACUCGGGAGGAGCGGCCCAAACAGAUUCGCAGCUGGCAGCAUCCGGAGACGGUCCGGGGAGGGGGGAGCAGCAGGUGGAACAGCCAGGUGGGGAGGAGCAGCAGAUGCAGGAACAGCCAGAAGAGGCAGGAGACAGACAGACUGGACCAAUCGCGGGGCCCCUGAGCGCGCCAACCAGCGGGACAGAUGUGCUGAAGCUUGAUUCGCUGCCGAGCGUUCCAGUCUCCACAGAUCUCCAGCUAGAAAAACAGCUGUCUGACCAAGUAGCCAAUCAGAACCCAGAUGUACGCAGUAGUGAGAAGAUGGCUGUUGAUCCUGCAGAACUGUAGCCAAACCAUAUAAGGUGGCUGUCGCUAGUUUUUAGUUUUCUCCUAACUAACAUAGCUGUAUCCAGCUGGGGCAUUAGGAACUUUUCAUACAGAAGAAAAUGAAAUCUGAAGAUGUUAAAAUUUUUGUUUCGGUUCCG